UUGACAAAAGCGAAGCUGAUUGCGAAAAAUCGAAAACUGUGGAUGGUGAUUUGGAUACCAACAAAUUCUAUCUUAUUUAAGUUUUAAAGAAGUUAACAAAAUAAGCUUUAUGUUUAAAAUGAUUAUUACUUUUCAUAGAGCGUGGGAAUAUUAGUUAUAAUGCAAAUAGUCUAAACGUUUUUUUUUGUAUUUUUAAAGAAUCUUUCUUUAGUUUUUAUAACCUUUCCUGGAAAUUUUUGUGCGAUUUAUUACCGGUUAUAACUUACGAGUUAAAUUUACGUGUUUCUUCCUCGGAAUUGUGGUUUUCGUAAUAAGGACUUGUGUUUAAAAUGUCCAAGGAGGAGUCAAAAAAGGGAUCUUCUGAAGGAGAGGAUAUUCCAAGUGAUUUUUUCGAUGAUUUCAAUAAAGAGGACUUUAUUGAUGGUCUUAGUGUGAUCGAUAGUUGGAACAACGAGGAGAAGCGUCGGUCUAGAGGACGCAUCGACGAAGACGCAGUCAACAGUGUCAAUGAUUUGCGUGAACUGAUCAUAAAAGAAGAAAAAUAUGCAAAGCGUAGAUCCACAGAUAGUCCGUAUGAAAACAAACAUUUAGAUGACUAUAUUAGACCAGGAAGCCGUCGAGAUCCUAGUAAAACUCAAGAAGCAAUACGGAGGGAUAAAGAAGUUAAGGUUAAGGAAUUUCUUGCCAAACAUCUAGAAUCUACUGAUGACUUGCGGCCUCCUGGAACUGAAUUAGAUGACUACUAUGAUGAAACCAUCAGCGAGAAGAGGAAACUAGAAGAAAAAUUUGAUAUGAAGAAGCGUAUAAGAGAACGUUUCGAAUUUGAUGAAGAUUUACAUAGAGAUUUUAGGGAACGGCAUGCUUUUGAUGAAGAAAAACAUCGCAGUAUAAGAGAACGACAUGAUUCUGAUGAAGAUCAACACCGUGGUAUCAGGGACCGUCAUGAUUAUGAUGAAAGCAAAAAUAGAUAUUCUUAUAGGAAUCAGGAAGACUAUCCACUAAAACGUCGGCGGGAAUCUCCUCGAUUUCGUCGUGAACCUCCAUUUAGGGUACCUUAUGAUUCAUCUCAGAACCGGCACUACAGACAAUCACCAGUAAGGCACCGACGAGAAUCUCCACCAAGGCGUUAUGAUUCACGAUUAAGAGGCCAGGAACCAUUACCACAAAGGCCACACCGUUACCGCAGUCCAAGAUUAAGCCCAAGACGUCCUGCACAUGGACCUCGUUGGAGUCCACGUCACAGCCCACAGCGAAUGAGAAGACAUCGGAACACUCCAGAGCUUCGAAGGGAGCGCCGAUCGCGGUCGCCAUACAAGAGGACGUACACUUCAACAAGAUCUCGCUCCACAUCGAAAAGUCGCAAAGAAAAGGAUGAUUUUCUGUACCCUGAUAAAUACAGCAAACCUUCGACAAAUUUGCCUCUGCCAGUUGAACCACAGUAUAUGCCGCCUGUGAGUAAUGAGUAUGGAGGUCCAUCGUACCAAUAUACACAGGCACCAGCAUAUACUGGGUAUAAUGAGCAAUACUAUCCCCCACAACCCAACCCCCAACCAACACUCAUGCCUCAACCAAUUCCCGCUCAAAAUAUCAUGGCACCUCCUCUAAAUCCACCUAUGCCACCUUCUAUGAAUCCACCGAUGGUUCCUGCGCCCUGUAUGGUGCCUGCACCACCCCAAUCCACACCAUCAAUACCUAUCAAUCCUAUAGCUUCACAAAUUCUCGAAACAACGCCGGCAUCACCCUACGACGCAUUAGCAAAAUUGGUUGCUGAUGGAAAACUUUCUCAUGAAGAUUAUUUGAAGCUGGCACCUAAUAAGGGUGUUACUCCAAACAUGGAUCCUAAGGCUAGGGUUUCUGUGCUGAAUCGCUGUAAUGUAGCUUUGUCCCAACUUGGUAACUUGUCAUUACCCAACCGUUUAUUGAUAAACAACUUGUAUGUUGGUCAAGAUCAAAAAUCCAUAGCACCAAUGUUUUGCUCCCCUUUGAAGAGACAAUCAGCAGUGGAGUUCUAUUUUUCGAAGACAGAAAAAUCGAUCGUCGCCCAGCGGAACAAGCAGAUCAUCGAGUCUAUCAUCUGUGCAUUAUCGUUAGAUAAAGUCGUGUCAAGACCGAAGAAGAAGGUGCAGAGGGAUGUCAAAGAAGCUUCAGUGCAAACAUUUAAACCGGUGUGUGAAGUGUGUGAAAUUCGUGAGACUGCUAAGUUCUGUGAUGCCAGUACAUCCACCGAUCCAGAAUACCUCCGUUCGUCGGUGCACACCCAGGUGAUUGAGGAAGAUCUGUACAGCUCUAAAUCGGUAUUCAACCCCAGUGGCAGUAGCAGCAGUAGUGCACCCAUGUCUAUAGCACAUCUUACGCCGGCUCAACUCGUCUCCCAACUCGCAGCCCGGGCAAAGACCCUGAAGCAACCUGAACAAUCACAAUCAAGUCCAAGAGGUAACAGACCUAAUUUUGAUUUUGACUACAACCGAAGAGGAGGUAAUCAAUUCCAAAAUCCUAAUUAUAAUAAUUACAGAUAUUAAAUAAAGCAAACUUUAUAAAGUAUGGUUGAAUAUGUUAGUAAUUUUUGCUAUUAUUAUGCUAAAUAUUUUCUAAUUACUUUGGGUAUAUUUUACUAAAACUGUUAAAAUUAUGGUGGCAUUUAUGACCUUUCUUGCAUAUCUGAUAGCAGUUACAACUAUCAGGUGUAUGUUUGAUGCACAUACCUGUGUUAACAGUUACAUGGAAAUGUCCAUUAUUUAGGAUAAAUCGUUUUUUGGGCGUGCAGCCAAUCGUUCUUUGUUUAUUUUUAAAUAAACAUUGAAAUAUGUAAUUGUUAACACACAGUUCCGGACGCUUAGACAAGAAAUUCUGUAAAUAAAAGGAAGUUUCUUUUUAUGCAUCUUAGGAACUUGUUUUAAACUUGUGAUAUUUUAUGAAGGCACUUUUAAUGUAAUAGAUUAGUAAUUUUUGUUUUUACGUUAUGUAGUGAUGUAUGCCAGCAUUUUUAUAAGUUCUACUAUUUGAUUUAUCUAUGAAUAGUGUCAAAUACCAUGUUGUUGUAAAAUAUUAUAGAGUGAGGUCUGUUAUUUUUGUUAUAUACAAAUAUAAGAUCUCUUUGAGUGUGUUUUAUUAUUAAAGCGUGCUACCUUUUAUUACCAUUGUGGAAAAAAGAUUAAAGUUGUAGACGAGCAACUAAUUUCAAAAAAGAAGCUAAAACGGCGUAACAGUUAUUCCUCAAGAAAAAUGGUGACUGGAUCAACAUAAAGCUGUUUGCAAACUGUGGAGGACUUUGCGGCCUCUCAAAUGGAUAUUCGCACACAACGGAGCCUUACUUCUGCAGACACGAAUACUGUAAAAAAUAUUGCUAGACUAAGUGUAUAAUAAUUCUUAAUAGUUUGGUUAAACAGUAAAUCAACAUACAGCUGUUGCUGGACACUACUGGGAAGUAUAUUAUAUAUACAAUAAAUGUUAUUUACGAAAC